GGCGAAGCAAAGCCAUUAAGUUGAGUCAAACGACGAUUAACGCGAUCAAAGAAUGAUCUUCAUUUUCAAGAUGAAGUCUCACGCAGUUUUGUUUUGCCUGAUACUGUGUACAGCACCAUUUGUAUUGACACAAUCAGAUGCGACUGUAUUGCCUUAUCCGAACGAUUGCAGCAAGUUUCAACAAUGCGAUGCGAGUGGUUGCUUCGUGAUGAGCUGUGGUAGAGGAACAGAAUUUAAUCCGGCUAUAGGUACUUGUGACUAUCCUUUGAGAGACCGUACAGGAUGUGGUAAUCGUGGUUGAGAAUUUUAGUUUACGAGAGAGGAGCUAUUGCAAAGACGCAAAAAUGUUUUGAAAAAUUCCAUUCCUGGUUUGUACAGAUACUUGUGUGUUAUGACAUUGUUGUACAAAUAAAAUUAUAAUAUUAA